CAAAAACUCAAUAAAUUUGGCAGUGCCAUGUUGCUAACGUACAAGAAGUUCCUCUUUCCCGUCUUCUGUUUUUGUCUGUGCGUCUCUCCUCCAAAUCGCAAAGCUAGGGUUUCGACUUUGCUCGCCAGCCGACAUUCCUUACAGGACUUGAGCUAUGGGAAAGAGGAAGUCAAGAGCAAAGCCUCCUCCUAAGAAGAGAAUGGACAAGCUUGACACUGUCUUCAGUUGUCCUUUCUGCAACCAUGGCACUAGUGUCGAAUGCCGAAUUGAUAUGAAGAAUUUAAUUGGUGAAGCAGUAUGCGCAAUAUGCCAAGAGAGCUUUAGCACUACCAUCACAGCUCUAACUGAACCAAUAGACAUAUACAGUGAAUGGAUUGAUGAGUGUGAACGGGUUAACAAUCUUGAUGAUGACGGUGCUUGAAGGCAAGGCCUCAAGCCUAGAUUCCAGUUCCUAUGUUGGAGUAGAAUAGCUAGUAUCUUUAGCUUUCUCAAGCUUGUCAUUCUGUUAGUCCGGAGCUGGAUCAGUAGGUGCAAAUAAAUAAAUGUCUUAACAGCAUUUGUAGCGCUGUUUAGGAAGCAGAUGCAUAGUUUGUAACUGCAUGAUGAUAGUUUGUAAGUAACUGUGUUAUGGAAAGAAAGCAGCCAUCAAUGAAGAACUAUCUAGAUUCUAUUG